AUGAAAGGUAUUCUAUCAAAGUUAAAAACCUUUGAAUCUUUAGGAGUAAUCCCAGAAAUCUGCAAUUCGCUUUCAUCAGCACAAAUAGAGGCUCCAACCACAAUCCAAAAGCUUGCAAUUCCUUCACUUCUCCAAAACACAUUCCAUCAUUUGAUCACAGCUCCUCUGAAGAAAGACCCUCUGGGCCGGAGAAUGAACCUCCCUUGCAGGGGGUCUUUGGUGACUGUAUUACCAAUAUGGCUAACGCCUAACUUUAAUAACAUAAUAUUUGAUCACAGCUCAAACUGGGACUGGAAAGACUUUGACUUAUCUCAUCCCAAUCUUCCAAUUGCUUCACAGCCAAGAGGUUCAAGCUGGCAAAAUCCUUACAAAGCCGAACUUCCCAAGAGCUUUGAUUAUUGUCCCAAAUCGAGAUCUUGUGGCUCAGUGCGCCGAUAUGAUGUCAAUUUUCAAUUACGAAAGAAAAUUAAUUUCAUGCAAAGUCAGCAGUGGGAUCAGCAUGAAUAUUGAAAAGGAAAGCUUAUUAAACGGAGUUGAUGUGGUAGUUGGAACUCCUGAAAGAGUUGAGCAGCACAUUCUUGCUGGAAAUUUAGAUCUAAAUGGUCUUACACAGCUAGUUGUUGACGAAUGCGACACUCUUUUUGAUAUAGGAUAUCAAAGGCUGAUAGAAUUUUACACAAAAUCAAUGAUAAAAUCGAAAGGAAAAAUUAAUUUUUUUGCAGCAACUUUGCCAGAUACACUAGUUGACAAAAUGAAUAAUCUAUUCUCAACUGGCCCAGAACAAGAAAAACCUGCAUUAAAGAAAAUUGUAGAGAAAGCCACCCAUUAUAACUUGUCACACAUAAAGCAUGAUUUUAUUCACUCUGAAGGAGGAGAAAAACAGAUUUAUUUGAUGAAAAUUAUUAAUGAAGCUUUAAUGGAUGGCCAGAAGAAAUCGUUUAUGAUUUUCUGCAACUCAGUACCUUCGGCUGAAAUGGUUGAAAGGUUAUUGACAGAAAAAGGAUUCAAAGCAGCCUCUCUGUCUGGAAAACAUUCACUUCCGCCUGCCUAUGGCGCAUCGGGCCCACCGGCCUCUGGGUCGACCAGCUUUGCUACGCCAAGGUGCACCUAGUCGCAGGUGUUGCCGACUUCGACGGCUCACGACUGAGCUACUUCGCUUGAGGACAUGGGUUGCCAUUCCGAAAAUCCAUAAAAAAUGGAUUUUCUGGUAGGCUUUCGGCAAAAAAGGAAAAACACGAAGCCUGGGACGUAACGCCCAGUUUCACGCUAGGGAGUUGCCCGAAUGGUCCUAACGGACUCUGCUGAGCUUCCCCUUUCAACUCACGUGCCUCCUUCCCCAUGAGGAAAAAACAUUCCUGAAAUUAGACUUGGGCUAGGCUCUGAGCUCCACCAGAAUUGCUUACCUAGCAUUGCUGUCCUUCUCUGAAAUGCAAAAACCUUGCCGGAUAUAAUUAAAAUAUGAGUCGAGGCUGCAUGGCGGGAGGCCAUGCCCAGACGAAGACGCCAUAUUUUAAUUAUGUCUGGAAAACAUUCACUUAAAAAGCAGGACAAAAAGUAUCCAAGCGUUUAGAGAUAAACAGAUUGAUUUUCUUGUAUGCAAUGAUUUGGCAUCACGAGGGCUUGAUUUCCCACAUUUGAAUUAUGUAAUUAAAUAAAUUAAUGCGUUUUGAAAUCGGCAUAGGAUUUCUAUCUAUUAGCUUCCCCGCUCUAUAGGGAGCGGUUGGCACUAAUUGUAUCGCAUUAGGCUAUGUCAUACCUGAAUUGACUCUGGGGCGUCCGUUCACUAAGGGCCUAAAGGAUGGGGCAUAACUUCUAGUUUCACGCUAGACACCUGCUGUUUUCAGGGUCCCCAAUUCGAGUAAGCAUCAUACCUAAUCUCGAGGAUGAUGGUCAACUGCGCCCUUACAGCUCCAUUUAGGACAAAAAGAUUCUAGCAAAAUAUCAUAACCUGUGGCACAGGAAAACAUCUACCCAAAUGCAUUAAGGGUGCAGAUUCUGUAUCUCGGAUGGUUUCUCCGCCAGGCAUUGCCUCUUAGUAUUAAGAAAUUACUCCAGGACGCCGGGCAGUCGCCUCCACCAUAUUAAUAUAUAUGAAUUAUGUAAUUAAUUAUGAAUUCCCUAGGGCUUUAAGUGACUAUGUGCAUAGAGCUGGAAGGUGUGGAAGAUGUGGAAGAGAUGGGACUGUAAUUUCGUUUUAUAGGAAGCAAGAUAGGCCAAAGAUAGAAGCAAUGCAGGAGAGUUUUAAAAAGGGAACUCCACUGCAUAUAGAAGAUUCUUUUUAUACUGAUGUGAUAGAAAAGGUAAAUGAAAGCAAUAACACUUCAGAAGUUAAUCAAGUAGAAAAAUUGAAGACUAUUUUAAGAAAAACCCAAAAAUAA